AUGGCGCGUCUUGCCGACCCAUCCAGGACAGCUGGUCAUGCCAGCAUGCUUUGCCCAAAAAGCCACCCAGCUGUGCAGGUCAACGAGCACUUAGACGGGAUUGAAGUCAUUGCGAAGGGCCUUGACAAUCCCAGAAGAGCCUUGCUGUACCUGCAUGGAGGUGCCCAUUUCUUUGGCUCAGUGUGGACUCAUCGCGAGUUCCUAGGGCGAAUCUCUAAUGCCUGGGGUACACGGGUGGUGGCCAUCAACUACCGGCUCAGCCCAGAACAUGCAUUUCCAAGUAGCCUCGAGGAUACCCUCACUGCUUGGACGUGGAUGCUGGAGCAGUAUCCAGGCCACGAGGUGGCUGUGGCCGGGGACUCCGCAGGCGGAACUUUAGCCUUUGGGCUCUUGGUGCGUCUUGCGCAGCUGCAGCGCUCGCAGCCGCAGCUCUGCAUCGGCAUCUCCCCUUGGCUUUGCCUGGAACAAGUGCCGCGGAUCUUCCGACGCAUCAGCAGGAUGUAUGCACAAGGCCAUGCUGUCAGAGAUCCUUUGGUGUCCCCGUUGCACGUUGACGCGGAGGUGGCUAAAAGUUUCCCCCCGGUCAUCAUCCAUGCAGCCGAAGAAGAGUGGUUUACCAAAGAUGCCGAGGGCAUGGCUUCUUUGUGUCAGAGGGUAGGAGUUGCAGCUGAUCUGAAGCUGUACACUGGAAUGAUCCAUGGUUUCCAGGUGUUUCCCUUAUUGUUUCCUGCGAGUUCUCAGGAUUCCUUACAGCGAAUUUGCUCAUUCUGGGACCAGUUGGCAGGAAGAAAAUCUUGCCUGUGA